AUGUCCAACAUCUCAAAGAUGGCGGGACGUUUGCUCCGGCCACAGGGUGCCUUUACUUUCAAGGCAUCCCCCCAGUCGAUUGCCCGCCUUCACCAGCAAGGCCCAGCACGCUCUGCAGUGGUCCACGACCAAGCAAUUCCCCACAGUCAAGCCCAUGUACCUGCAAGCGAAACCCCAUUCAUCCCAACAUCAAAAUCACAAGCACCUACGUCACAAUUGUCCGAAAGUGGAGCUGCCAACCUCGACACCCUAGUCUCUCACAUCCCACUCGUGCAAUCCCUCCGUGAUGCGCACAGCACAUACAAGGAGUCCCGGCCUCACCUUGCCAUCCCACCGGCAAUCAGACAACACCACUUCGUCGGCGGAAGCCUCACAGGCUCUGGAAAGCUAGCAUUCCAGCCUUACAUGUGGCUUUCCACUGGAAAGACCGGAUCAAAGACCAGAAGCAACAGAGCAAGCACUGUCGUCUCGGUCUUCCACAUUGGCCAAGAUCUAUGCGGUCACCCGGGCUUUGUGCAUGGUGGUUUGUUGUCAGUUAUGUUCGACGAGGUCUUUGCCCGUUGUGUUUCUGCUGCUUUCCCUAGUGGACUGGGCAUGACGGCUAAUCUCAAUGUGGAUUUCCGUAAGCCUGCCCUGCCUGAUCGGGUGUAUGUGCUGCGCACAGAGACGACCAAGGUAGAAGGCAGAAAGGCUUGGGUUGAGGGUCGCAUGACCUAUCUUCCAUUGGCUUUGCCUCAAUCUUCCGAUGCGAACUCUGUGAUGUCGGAUCUGAGUCUGCUACGAGAGGACCAUGAAGGUGCUGUCAUGGUUGCUGAAGCAAAGGCUUUGUUUAUUGAGCCUAAGUUUGCAGACUCUAUGGUUUCUGUUUACCGAAACUAG